UCAUUUCAGGUGACACCCAGUGAGGACAUGGGAAUGGAAAAUGCAACAGAGCUGAUAGCAUUUGUUCUCACAGGAAUCCCACAUCCUCAAGAGUGGCAAAUCCCGCUGCUCCUUCUGUUCCUGGUGAUCUACCUCAUCACCAUGGUGGGGAAUCUCGGUCUGAUUGUCCUCAUCUGGAAUGACCCUCACCUUCACAUCCCCAUGUACUUUUUCCUGGGUAAUUUAGCCUUUGUGGAUGCUUGGAUAUCAUCCACAGUGACCCCGAAUAUGCUGGUCAAUAUGGUAGUCAAGAACAAAGUGAUAUCUCUCCUUGAAUGUAAGAUUCAACUUUUUUCCUUUGCAAUCAGUGUAACCACAGAAUGUUUUAUCCUAGCAGCAAUGGCUUAUGAUCGCUAUGCAGCCAUAUGCCACCCCUUACUGUACCCAAUGAUUAUGACCAAUAGACUAUGCGUCCAGCUACUAGUUUUGUCAUAUAUAGGUGGCUUUCUUCAUUCCACACUUCAUGAAAGCUUUUUACUCAGAUUAUCUUUCUGUAAUUCCAAGAUAAUACGCCACUUUUACUGUGACAUUGUAGCUAUAUUAAAGAUUUCCUGUACUGACACAUCCAUUAAUUUUCUAAUGCUUUUUAUUUUCUCUGGUUCAAUUCAGGUUUUCAGCAUUUCGACUAUUCUUGUCUCUUAUACAUUUGUUCUUUUUACAAUUUUAAGAAAGAAGUCUGAAAAGGGUCUAAGAAAAGCCUUCUCCACCUGUGGAGCCCAUCUCUUUUCUGUGUGUUUAUACUACAUCCCCCUUCUCAUCAUGUACGUGCAUCCUGCAUCUUCCCAAGAAAGUAAUCAAGAUAUGAUCUUCUCUCUAAUUUACAUGGUUGUCAUCCCUCUUUUAAAUCCCAUUAUCUACAGCCUCAGGAACAAGCAAGUCAUCAAUUCAUUGACAAAAAUUUUAAAGGGAAAUUCUUAG